AUGGAGCAAAUAAAGCCACUGAAUUUAUCAGUAUUAGAAAUGAGUGAGGAACGGAAUGUACCAAUAGGUUUGUCAAGGAGAGAAAUAAGAGGACGGAUGUGGUUGUCAUUAGUCAAUGAAGCGAGUAGAAGAUACAGAGAAUUAAUGAAUUCAAUAAACGAAGACGAGAUGAUUGGGAGAAGCUGA